UGCUUUCAGCCUUUAGACACCAUGCAGACUAGUUAGAAUUGGGAUAUCCCCGGUUUUCAUCUUCUGCCCUGGCUUCCUUGAUUGCAUAUUUUUCUCUGAAGGAUUAAACUUGGAAAAAAACAGAAAUGUGUUUAAGAUCUAGAAAAAAACUUUGGCAGCUAUCAAGUUCCAUCAUUCUUCUCUCAGCUCUGUGGACUCUUGGUUUAUCUCAAACAAAAAUUGAAUUCAACCCUAACAGUUUAGAUGACAGUACCGUGUGUCCGAAGAUACGAGUUGGGCAAGAUGACCUCCCAGGAUUUGACCUCAUCAGUCAGUUUCAAUUGGAUAAUGCACCAGUGAAGGGCGUGAGACGAGUCGAAGGCUCAACACCACUGCAAGUCGCGUACAGACUUGAUAAAGAGGCAAAAUAUCAAAUUCCCACAAGACUGAUUUACCCAGGUGGCUUCCCCGAAGAAUACUCAUUUGUGGUCACAUUUCGCAUGGUCAGAAGUACAACUGGCAAGGUGUGGAAUGUGUGGCAGUUAGUGGAUGAGGAAGGCUACAAGCAAGUGGGACUACGGCUUAAUGGAGAUCAGCAAGCAGUGGAGUUCUUUCUCGUGGGUCAAGAUGGCAAUCUUCAAGUUGUCACCUUUCCUGGGGUAUCACAGCUUUUCAACACAGCAUGGCACAAAGUGCUGGUGGGCGUUGAGCGGGACGAGGUGACUCUUUACAUAGACUGUCAGCCUAUUGGUGUUAAGCCAAUUAAGGCUAAGGGAAAUGUCAAUACAGAAGGACCAACCCUCAUUGGAAGACUGGAUUCAGAUCCUAAUACAUCAGUUGUGUUUGAGUUGCAAUGGAUGCUGAUACACUGUGAUCCCCACAGAGCACAGAGAGAUUCCUGCUCAGAGUUACCUAUUCAGGAGAGAGUUAUUCCCAAUGCAGAGCCUGACAUACGGGGACCAGUUCCAGGUCCUGAAGGUCCUCAAGGUCCCCCUGGCCCCCAGGGGCCACCAGGAGAUGAUGGCAAACCAGGACGCGAUGGUGUACCCGGUCUUCCUGGCACCCCUGGCCAUCCAGGUCCUAAAGGAGAAAAAGGAGAAAUUGGACUUCCAGGACAAAGAGGAUUGCCAGGCCUUCCUGGAAUUGAUGGUUUACAGGGGCCAUUAGGACCUCGGGGUGAACGUGGACCACCUGGCUUACCCGGCACUUCUGGCACUCCUGGAGUAGGACAAGAAGGACCGCCUGGACCUCCUGGUAGUCCUGGCCCAGCUGGAGAUCCUGGAAAUUUAGGCCCUGAGGGUCCAGCGGGUCCACGUGGUCCUCCAGGCACACCAGGUCUUCAAGGUCCUCCUGGUCCACCUGGUACCUUUGCUGGAGAUGGAAGUGGAGAAUUGUGCCCAACAUCCUGUCCAGCGGGUCCUCAAGGAAAUCCCGGCCUACCAGGACUUAAGGGGCACAAAGGCAAGCAGGGUGAAAAAGGAGAGCCAGGAAAAGAUGGGCAAAAGGGUGCACCAGGGGCUUCAGGACCACAAGGCCCUCCUGGAGUUGCUGGAGAUCAGGGCCCAAAAGGGACAAGAGGUUUUCCAGGUGCUGCUGGGGACAAGGGAGACAAAGGCCCUCCAGGAUUUAAUGGCAUUCCAGGACCUCCUGGUCCAUCAGGUCCCCUGGGACAACAAGGCCCAAGAGGACAUGAAGGAAUACAAGGACCAAAAGGAGACAAAGGUCCUGUAGGUUUAAGAGGAGAGGAUGGUCUUCCAGGACCAAAAGGUGACCCUGGUGCACCUGGUAAACAUGGAAAUGACGGACAACAUGGGAAAGAUGGAAGCAAGGGUGAUCCUGGAGAGCCUGGAAAUGUGGGGGUUAGAGGUCUUGUUGGUAUUCCUGGCUUUCCGGGACAAGUGGGUCCAAAGGGUGAGCCUGGAGACAAGGGAGAAUCUGGGCCUCAAGGAGAAGCAGGACCUUUGGGCCCUCCAGGUAAAACAGGAGAACAAGGAGAGACGGGACAAAAUGGAAUGCCUGGGCCAAAAGGAUCUCCUGGAGAACAUGGAAAACCAGGAGCAGUUGGGCCAACAGGACUUACAGGAGAGACAGGUGAAAAAGGUGACAAAGGAGAACCUGGAUUACGAGGAAUUAAAGGUCAUACAGGAGAAAAAGGAGAAAAGGGUCCUGCUGGGCCACCAGGUCUAAAAGGAAAUCAGGGAAUACAAGGAGCUGCGGGAACUUCUGGAAACAAAGGCGAUAUGGGUCUUCCAGGUGUUCCAGGGAUUAAAGGAGAGGCAGGAGUUAAAGGUGACAAAGGUGAACGUGGCACUGAUGGGCACCGUGGAUUACCCGGUCAUGAUGGUCCAUCUGGCCCCCCAGGCUCUCGUGGGUUAGAUGGAGACAGAGGUGUCCCUGGCCCACCAGGGCCACGAGGUGAACCGGGAGCAGAAGCAAAUGAGCAGAGAAUCCGAGAGAUCUGCAGCAGUAUAAUUCAAGAUCACAUUGCUGAGCUAAUGGCAGCCCUGAAUAAACCUGCAGCGCAGGGAGCCCCUGGCCGCCCUGGUGUAGCCGGACCCCCUGGACCUCCAGGCCCUUCUGGUUCUGAGGGACAUCCUGGACCCAGAGGUGCCCCAGGCCCUCAGGGACCCCAAGGGUUUGAUGGCGAGCCAGGUCCAAAAGGUGACAGUGGAGAAAAAGGUGAAAAGGGAGACCCUGGAAUUGGUGUUCGUGGGAGUCAAGGGCUGCCAGGCCCUCCAGGAGAACCUGGCCUGCCUGGUAUUGGUAAGCCUGGACGUGAUGGCGCAAAAGGAGAGCCAGGACUAGCAGGACAAAGUGGCUAUCCAGGCUCUCGUGGUCUCAGAGGCCCACCUGGAUUAUGUGAUCCUUCAAACUGCAUUGGUGCCAACCCACUUUUCAUACCAAUGGGUGGAAAAAAAUCUAAUAUGAAGGGGCCUUAAAGAAAGUGAAAAUAAUUUUAGAAAUAAAUGACUUCAAGAGUACAGAAUGCUUUCCAUUUUUAAUUAAAUUAUUGGAGGACUGUCAGCUGUGGUCAUCAGUUUCUGGCCUUUUAGACAUUUGAUUUGGGUUGUGUCACAUAUUUUUAUAACUAUUACCUUCUGUUACAGUAGAUGCUAAAGCAUUUAAACAUAUGACAUUCAGAUGUAAAAAUACCAAAGGUAUACCUGUGACUAAGCAUUUCCACAAUCCUGUAAAUAAGAGAUUUUGUUGCAUGUGUGUUCGUUCAUUUGCAUAAUACAUGAGAUUAUUAUCUAGAGGAAAUGCCCACAUUUACAAUGUUGAGACUCAUUUUAUUUCCAUUUUAUGUAUUUAAAUAUCUAAUUCAGUGUUCAGUCAAUUACAAAAAUGUAUUCAUUUUUAGAUGAUUUAUACAAAAGGUUUUAUGUACUAUUGUCAGUCUCUUUCUGUUCUCCCCAUGAAUAAUAAUGUAAAAUCAGUUGUUUUA